AUGACACAUGGAUUAGCCCAGAGUGAGUUUGCGUAUAGGGAGAAGAAUUAUAAGAUGAAGGUUCAAGAGAUUUCUGAUGCUAGGAAACAGACGCGCCAGAUGAAGAGAUUGGCUGUUGGAUCAAUGACAACUCCUGAAUACAAGGGGUGGUUGAGUAAAAGAGUUAAUGAUAAUAUCCCCGAGCUGAGUUUGGAGGAUGUUCGUACGAUGGAAGAAUAUUUGCAAGUAAUCCCCUCCGAGCUUGAAAUCAUAAAACGAGACUUCAAAGAGAGAAAUACUGAGUUGGGGAAAAAGAUAGAACAAUUAGAGGAGAAAAAGAUGCAUUUGAGAUUGGAUGCUGACGUUCAGAAAUUCGAGGCCGAGAAGUUGAAAAAAGGAAAAAGAAGGGUUGAGGAAGACUUGGAUAGUUUGAAGAUCGAUUACAAGAAGCUGCGUAUGUCGAUGAGAACUGUUGGAUUGGGAAAGACGUCAGAGCAGUGGCGACAAGAAGUUCAAGAGGAAAAGGCUAGAGCUGAUCAGUGGGAGAAGAGGUUCCAUGAUGCUCGAGCACGUGAAAGCGCUUUAAAGAAGAGUUUGCUUGAAGGCCAAGGUGAGAAAGAGAAGUUGGAAGCUCGGGCCAGCCUGAAUAGAAUUGAAGAUUUGAAAGGGAAGGUAGAAGAGCUCGAGACUACACUACAAAACUGUGAGCUUCGAAUUGAAUUACUUGAGUCGAACAAUGAGCAGUGGAAGGAACAGCUCCGUCAAUCGCAAGACCAGGUCAGAGAUAGAGAUCACAUCAUGGGUAAAGCUGUGGCUCAGAUUCGAGAAGUGGCUGAUUAUUUACAGACCUUAGCGGUUUAG